AUUUUUAUUGAUAUACAUUCUGAUGCAAGUCCGGCUCAGGCCCACUUUCACACAGGAUCGACGUUGUCGGCAUCGUCGUGACAAGGAUGUUGUUGUGGGGACUACUAGUAGUGAGCUCCAUCCUUUCACCGGCCAUCUUCUCAGUGGAGGCUGAUGACGUUGCUCCAAAUAGCGGUCUGAAAUUCGAGCCGAACUCAAAAUACCAAAAUGAGAACGAGACCCUUCAGAAAAGUAUCUUGUAUCCCACUCCACUUCACACGGUGCACCACGUCGAGGGGGAGGUCGAAAUAGUGGAGAUGGCACAUGAAAGUAACCUCGAGUUUCACCUGGAGACGCUGCAAGAGGUUGACCAAGACGGACACCAUGGAAUAUCGGUGUCUGAGGCACAGGAACAUAUCAAACAAGUGGCAGAGGACUCGAAAAACCUCGCCCUUGAAACAGAACCCCAGCAUAUCGGCGAUCUGUUGUUGCCGGAGGGAGAACAUCCUGAUGUCCAUCAACUCAAAGACAGUCGAGAGGUCGAGGUCACACCAAGGUCAGAGGUCGGCGAGGAAGCAGACGAUGUCAGUAACGUUGAGUUGCUACGUCGGAGUGACAGACGCAGGGCAGGUGAGACGAAGUAUUCGGAACGGGUUUUUGUCAAGACUUUUCCACCGCCCCGUGAAGUCCACGAGUUCCCAGUCGCUGAAGCUCACCACGAGGAAGAGGAAGAGUUUAUCAGUGAGAUCGUGUAUCUUGACACCCCCAGCCAUCAGCAUGUUGUCCAUCAAAAUAAAGACUAUGCGAGGGUUGUGUUCCAUGAUGAAAUGUGAUGUUCUUCCUGACAAAAGGACACGUAGUGUGGCAUUAAUAACAAAAUAACCCUGAUGUUCAGUUGAAUUACAAAUAAAUGUACACAGAUCCA